UGAAAAUUGAUGGUUGUUCAAAGGUACUCGCGCUAAUUGCGGGAUCCCUGCAAGUAGUCCUCGCGAAUCACACACCAAACGAAUACAGCUAAUGACUCGAUUACAAUGUUUAACAACAUAUAUGAACCCUGAGAAUAUAUUUCGUCUGAUAUUUUCUUAUACUUGGUAUUUUCAGUGCUUGACUCUGUCGCCAUUAUAAGUAAGAUCUGAAAACAUCAACGCUUCCAGAGAGUAACGUGCUGAGUUUAAUUUCCUGUUACUGAGAUAAGUUAAACCGCUUUCAUUUUAGUUUUUCAUUAACAAGAAUUUCCAGAUGCAUCUUAACCCUUAAAAUGGCAAAUCUAGAAUGAUAAAAUAGAUGCAGCACUUUGUGUGUGGCAGUCGUACUCUUCGGAAGAAGUCAAAAAAACAAAGGAAAACUUAUUUCAGCUGAACGAGCGCAUAGAAGCAGUAAACAGUAAACCAAAACUUGAAGUGCACUUUGCUCGUAAGGUACUAUUUGUCUUCAAAAACAAUUACAGAAUUAGUUUGUGCAUCUUAAAACUCAGGCGAGUUUACACGCGAUCCGCAAUCUACAGAACUUAUUUAAGCUCUCUUGAAGCCUCGGCGGAUUUCAUCAAAGAUUUUGUAGGGCUUUUGAUCUUGGAUGGCGUGUUUCCUUCUGUCCUAAGCUUUUUUCUUUUCCAUCUUUCCUGAUUGCGGAGGACGUGUGGAUUGGUAAAGAAAUUGGGGAAUUCUGUCUAAAGACAGAAAUUAGCAUAAAUUCUGACUUGGGGAAUGGUGUUUCAAAGAAGGGGAAAAGUUAUGAGUGUUCUUGUUUGGACAUUAAUGGUGGUCAUCUUUUCCGGCGCUGCCGAUGGCCACCGGCUGUUCCGGUCGCUCAAGACGGGUAGUUUUGGGAGAAAUUCUUUCUUUAAGCCCGGCAUGCGACCGCAGGGUUCAAGCGGGGUUCCCAAGUUUAUGAGCAGGGCCGAGGCCGAGAAAAUGUACGCUGUCCGCCUGAAACAAACACAGCAGUCUCGCCAAGCAUUUGCUCCAUCUGGUGGCCCUGCGCCUGCGCCAAGACCAGUCCCUGUUCCCCAGACUGCUCCGAAUGACACGGCCAAGGGUCCUUCUACUGGAAGGAUUUUUUAUAUCACAGAGUAUGGCGCGGAUCCAACCGGUGCGUCCGACAGUACAAGGGCGCUCAUGAUGGCAAUAAAUGACGCUUUUAGUUUAAGCACGGAGGUUCAGCUCAUGCCCGGCGUGUCCGACUAUGGAGGCGCCGAGAUUCAUCUUCAGGGAGGCAAUUAUAAGCUGAGCGCCCCGCUCCGGGUGCCAGGUGGAGGCGGCAACAUUCUGAUUCACGGCGGCACUCUGCGGGCGUCGGAAGAUUUCCCGAAAGACCGCUAUCUGAUCGAGCUAUGGUCCCCUUCCUCCACGAAAAUCAACCCCAGUCUAACCAGUGCUGAACUCGUAACCGCCCUGCAGAACGCCGUCGACGGCAACAGCGAUCGGACGGCGUCCUACGAGGACAUAACGCUACGUGACCUCAUGCUCGAUGCCAAUUUCAGGGGUGGUGGCAUCCUAGUCAUCCACUCCGUCCGCACAAACAUUGACAACUGUUACAUCUCGCACUUCACCAGCGACGGCAUCAUGGUCCAGCGUGGCCACGAGACCUACAUCCGCAACUCCUUCAUUGGCCAGCACAUCACCGUCGGCGGUAGCAACAACGAAAAGAGAUUUACCGGCACCGGCAUAUGCCUGGUCGGCAACGACAACGCCGUCACCGACGUCGUCAUUUUUUCUGCCGCCGUCGGCAUCGAUGUCAGAGGGCAGGCCAACUCUUUCAUCGGCGUGCACUGCUACAACAAAGCUACGGUGUUCGGCGGUGUCGGAAUAUGGCUCCGGUCACCCGGCAAUACACAAACAAGAAUCGUCAGCUGCUAUAUGGAUUAUACCGGCAUCGUUGCAGAGGACCCUGUACAGCUGGACAUUACAAACAGUUUUUUUCUCGGCGACGCCACGAUAACACUAAAAUCGAAGGAAAAUAAGAUAGUGAAAGGCGUCAAUAUUGUGGACAACGCCUUCUACGGCCUCCGAAAAGGCGUCUCCAUUGUAAAGCUUGAGGGAUCCUUUGACACAGUUGAGCAGACGGUCGUAGACAGAAACAAUGCGUACGAAAUGGCUCUGAAAUCGACGGUGGCUAGAGGCACCGUUCAGGGCAGCGGGACGACGUGGACCGUUGAUUUUUCCCCAUUUUUGCUGUUUCCAGACCUUAUACAGCACGUGCAGUAUUCGUUUUACACGGCGGUGAAGUCCUCUUUUCCAAGGCAUGCGCUGAGGAGUGUUUCAAACAAUAAAGUCGUUGUUGAAUCAGAUGUGGCGGUUCCUGCUACCGUAGCUGUUACGGUUGACCAGAGCGCAACUUUUAUUCAAGGCCAAGGAAUUUAUUCCUAAGUGAAUUAUUUAUGCUGUAGAAUUUUUGUGAAGAUAUUUAGUCGUUGCACAGUUUAUUCCUAAGUGAAUUAUUUAUGCUGUAGAAUUUUGGUGAAGAUAUUUAGUCGUGGCACAGUCGCACUUACCAAAAGGAGGUGCAAUCAAUAGAAAGAUAUAGUUUAGGUAAUAUAUUGAAAGGGAAGGAGGAAAAAAAGUGUAAUAAAUGUAAGUUGUUUUCAUCCAAACAAAUAUAUGUGUUAUAAUU